CCUGCCCAGGCUGGCUUUGAACCAUGAUGGACGGAUCUCAGCCUCCUGAGUUACUAGGAUGACAGGCCUGAGCCAGUGGCUUGCCUGGCUUCAGAGACUGUGCUGUCAUCUCUGUGUUGUCAUUCUCCCAGGCAUUCCCAGGAGAAUGCUGCUCCACCCACUCCCCCGGCGCCGUCCACGCCUGCUGCAAAACGGUGUUGCCACACACCAGUUGUGCAGUGUUUUGAACCUUAGAAUCUGAGACCUGGAGGUCAGAGGGGACAUUGCCCCUUCCGAGGCGCAAACCCGGCCCGCUCCUCCUCUACACCCCUGCCUGGCAUGGGAGUGGGUGCCGCCUGAAUGUUGAAGCGUGGGCGCAAUUUGUCAUGGCAGCUGUGGAGCUGACAGUCGCGAUGCCCUCCUAGGCGGCCUGCGCGGGAUGGAGCGCUUCAAGGACUCAGGGACACAGACCGACGCUGUGGUGGUGCUCUCCCUGGCCCAGGCUGCCGUCCUGGGCCUGGUCUCCGAGAAUGAGCUCUUCGGAGCGACCAUAAGCGCCGAGGCCUUCUACCCUGACCUAGGGCCUGAGCUGUCCGGGACGACUAUGGGGGACCCCGGGCCGCCGGGCCCCGAUGUGUACCAGCUGGCGUGCAAUGGGCGGGCGCUGGAGGAGCCCGCCGAGGAGGAGGUGCUGGAGGUGGAGGCCGCCUUCGAGAAGCACACGCGGCGGAAGACGCGGCCACCCGUGCGCCUGGUGCCCAAGGUGAAGUUUGAGAAGGUGGAGGAGGACGAGGAGCAGGAGAUCUACGAGGUAUCGGUGCCCGGGGACGACAAAGACGCCGGCCCAGUGGAGGCGGCAGCGGAGGCGGCGGGCGGCGGCUGCGAGGCCCUGGUGCAGAGCAGCGCCAUGCGGAUGAUGGACCUGAACGCCUUCAGCCGCAAGCUGCGGCCGCUGCGGCACACGCCCCGCACGCCCCGGCCGGAGCUGGACACGGCGCCCUUCGAGCCCCCUUUCCCCGAGCCGCAGCCCGGCAUGGCGCUGCCCGGGCCUGAGGCCUUGCCUGCUGAGUGCGGGUUCGAACCAGCCCACCUGGCCCCACUGAGUGACCCCGAGGCUCCUGCCCUGGCGUCCCCGGAGCCCGGGAAGCCGGAGUCCGGCUUCGUGUGGCAGGAGGCGGGGGAGUUCGAGGCAGAUGCGGCAGGCUCCACGGCCGAGCGGCACAAGAAGGCACAGCUGGACCGGCUAGACAUCAACGUGCAGAUCGACGACAGCUACCUGGUGGAGGCGGGCGACCGGCAGAAGCGCUGGCAGUGCCGCAUGUGCGAGAAGUCGUACACGUCCAAGUACAACCUGGUGACGCACAUCCUGGGCCACAACGGCAUCAAGCCGCACUCGUGCCCUCACUGCAGCAAGCUCUUCAAGCAGCCCAGCCACCUGCAGACGCACCUGCUCACGCACCAGGGCACGCGGCCGCACAAGUGCCAGGUGUGCCACAAGGCCUUCACGCAGACCAGCCACCUCAAGCGCCACAUGCUGCUGCACUCCGAGGUGAAGCCGUACAGCUGUCACUUCUGCGGCCGCGGCUUCGCCUACCCCAGCGAGCUCAAGGCCCAUGAGGUGAAGCACGAGAGCGGCCGCUGCCACGUGUGUGUGGAGUGCGGCCUGGACUUCUCCACCCUCACCCAGCUCAAGCGCCACCUGGCUUCCCACCAGGGCCCCACGCUGUACCAGUGCCUCGAGUGUGACAAGUCCUUCCACUACCGCAGCCAGCUGCAGAACCACGUGCUCAAGCACCAGAAUGUGCGGCCCUUCGUGUGCACCGAGUGCGGCAUGGAGUUCAGCCAGGUGCACCAUCUCAAGCAGCACUCCCUCACGCACAAGGGUGUGAAGGAGUUCAAGUGCGAGGUGUGUGGCCGUGAGUUCACGCUGCAGGCCAACAUGAAGCGCCACAUGCUGAUCCACACCAGCGUCCGGCCCUACCAGUGCCACAUCUGCUUCAAGACCUUCGUGCAGAAGCAGACCCUCAAGACACACAUGAUUGUACACUCGCCUGUGAAGCCAUUCAAGUGCAAGGUGUGCGGGAAGUCCUUCAACCGCAUGUACAACCUGCUGGGCCACAUGCACCUGCACGCAGGCAGCAAGCCCUUCAAGUGCCCCUACUGCUCCAGCAAGUUCAACCUCAAGGGCAACCUGAGCCGGCACAUGAAGGUGAAGCAUGGCGUCAUGGACCUCGGCCUGGACAGCCAAGACCCCAUGAUGGAGCUGGCGGGCCCCGACCCCUCUGAGCUUGACAGCCAGCAGGAGAUGGAGGACUUUGAGGAAAAUGGCUACACCUUCGCUGGCGUGGAUGGCAGCACUGAGGCCAAUGCGCUCACCGAGCAGGCUAUGAAGGAAAUGGCAUACUAUAAUGUGCUAUAGCGGGUGGGGGCCCAGGUGUGGGGGGAUGUCACGAGGGGGGGGUGAAGGGUGGGGAGGCCCACGGACCCCACCCCAGAGCACAAGCUACUGUCCCACAGUCCCCAGCCCCCCACUACGAGCCAUGCACCACCACCACCCCAGGGACCUUUCGACCAAAUGGAGACUGUACUACUGGCCUCGUCCUGGCGAGGAAAGGGACACAGGCCCUGGGCUGGGCCCCCCUGGCCUGCUGUGGGCGGGUGGGAAAAUGCUGGCAGGAUCCAAGGACCCAGAACAAGAGUCCUGACAAUUGAGCCAAGCUUUGCUUCUCCUCCAGGCCAACCCCUGCCUGGGCGGGAGGCGGGGAAGGGUAUCUGAGCUCCCAUGCUGGCCAGCACUGCCCCCCACCCAGGUCCACAAGCCCCUUCCCCACCCACCACUGAACAGUCAGGCAGGGCACUGCUGUCUACCUCCUGGGCCUGCCCAGCCCCCAGCCAGCGUCCUCCCUUGUGCCCCUCAUCCCUGCCCUUCCGCCCUGUCUGGGAGUGCAAGUCCCCUAAAGUGAGUG